AUGUUAGCAGCCACCGUAGUACAUCAAAGUAUUCGUGCCAAGGUAAAUGGAAAAGCAAAAAGCUCAGGCGAGAAGACGCAUCAACCUUGCGGGGCUUUUAGCGCUUCCGGGGAAUGUUACGGCAUGUCGUCAAAGAUGGCUGCCUCAUAUUCUUUUGCUUCAUUGGGGGAGCUGUAUGAUGAACCGUCCGAAGACGAAGUCCUAGCAAGACUAAAGAUUGCUGCAGCUGGUUUCCUGCCGGAGGGCUGGAAGGAUUGGAGAGUCCGGAAGGAUCAUGUAGUUCAUAUGGAGCCUUCGGUUCUUAACAAAAUGCGUUUCUGCUUAUCUGCGCUGGAAAUUGCAAAAGCCUUCAACCCAGAUGCAAAAUGCCUCAAGGAGAGACCUUACAGGGACAUGAAAGUGAAAAUGAUGUCAUGGCCGUUCUGUGUGGGCCUCAUCUUAGGACCUCCAUCUCUGGCUCUGCAAGUGAGAGGUUCUGCUUUGCACUGUGAGCUGGUUACUCAGUCGGUGAAGAACUUGAGGGGGCUGUUGAUGACUAGGAAAGAGGCGUCGAAACUUCUUGGAGAUGGCUCUGAGACGGAUGAGUCUGAAAGCUGUUCCCAGUCGACCUCGAAGCAACGCGUUAGUACUACCAGCAGGUUAAAGUGCCUUGAAGCAGAGUCUGCCGCGACUAGAUCAUUGCUGCAAGAAAUCUUGAGCCGCCUGGAUCGAAAAGGGAACGACACUGGGGACUCUGACUUGGAGGAAGACCAGGCAGAAGAAUUCAUGGAGGAAGUGGAGAGUGAGAGAGAAUCGGAUGCGGGGUCAACUCCGUGGAGAGCCCCAGAGGUUGUUUCUACAGUUAGCAAACGGACGGUAGUAGACUUUACGCCUCAGGCAAAGGAGCAGGAGCCGACUGUCCCUCAACCCGCUCCAGACAUACGGAUUCAAGGCCUGAGUUGCCAGCGAUUGGGAGAGUCGUCAUGGAAUCGCAUUAGGUAUGCGGAUGUGCAAAAGCGCUUACAUGCAUCUCCUGUAUUUGGUGCGCUGUGCUUGAACACGCAGCUGCGACACUUAGCCAAGGACAGCUUUGCGUCUGACUUUUUAGAAAAAACGGAGGGGUCCUAUGGGACCGUGUGUCACGGUUUACUAUUACAGCGAGCGGCAUUCCAAAAGGCAAUCAAUAUGAUUAUUGACGCCUGCCCAUCGUCAGCGGACCUGAUAGAGUCGGAGCUUAUUGGGCCGGGAUGCCUCUUUCGCCAACAUUCGGAUAAUCUUUUGCAGUUCAUAUGUGGCAAGCGAGCGGAAGCGAUAGAGUUGAGACGGAGCCAACUAGCUCCACUGAACACAAACGUUGCUAUGGUAUUAUCGAAGAUUCCUCCUUCCGAAUCUCAUCUCUUUGACGAGAAUAAAAUUGAGGAUCUGUUAAAGUCACAAGCAGGAAGCCUGAGGCCGACAUUUAAGAGGAAAAUUCCUUUCGCGAAACAGGCCCGUAAGCCCGAGAGGAGAUCCCAAAAAAGCCAAAACUUGAGACAGGAAAACCGAUCUUCACGGAAGACAUCCACUUUUCGGGCCAAGCAGGACAGAACUUCGAAGAGCCAUGGUAAACCGACGCGGCGCUUUUGA